UGUCGGACUGCGGUGGAUAACCAUUUUAACCGUUUACGACGUGAGACGUGACUCAUAUUUUGCUAUAUGUCAGUAUAGCAGUGCCAUCGACGGUAUAGGUGGUUGUCAGACUUCGUUUUGCAAGUUAAUUGUCCAGAUAAUUGCAAAAGACCUGAACAAAGAGAGCGAUUAUAAAUACUACGAUUAUAAAUUGUUCCUGGUGCAACAAAAUGUUUCGUAGUUCUAACUUUGACAAAUUACUAGAUAAAGCGACGAGUUAUUUACAGCUCGAGCCUGACUGGGUCCCAAUUUUACAAAUAUGUGAUUUAAUUCGCCAGGGCGAUAUACAACCUAAGGCAGCACUUGCAGCAAUCAAGAAGAAAAUGACAAAUGAUAAUCCGCACGUAGCUUUGUAUGCUCUAUUGGUUCUAGAAUCUUGUGUUAAAAAUUGUGGUACAUUAAUUCAUGACGAAGUCGGUACAAAACAAUAUAUGGAACAACUUAAAGAACUAGUAAAAACAACAACUCAUGAUAAUGUUAAGAUGAAGACUUUAGAAUUGAUUCAAGCCUGGGCACAUGCAUUUCGUAAUAGCCCCAAGUUUAGAGCAGUACAAGAUACACUUAAUAUUAUGAAAGCUGAAGGAUAUAAAUUUCCUGCUUUGAAAGAGAGCGAUGCAAUGUUCAUUGCUGAUACUGCACCAGUGUGGGCUGAUGCUAAUGUCUGUCACCGCUGUAGAGUCUCUUUCGGUUUGAUACUGAGAAAACAUCACUGUAGAGCAUGUGGUCAAGUAUUUUGUGAUCAAUGUUCGAGCAAAGCAUCGACAUUGCCCAAGUUUGGAAUUGAAAAAGAAGUUCGAGUUUGCGAAGCUUGCUAUGAGCAAGUGAACAAACCAACCUCGGUGCAAAUCAAAGAAGCUGAUUUACCUGCUGAGUAUCUAAACAGUUCCUUGGCUCAGCAACAACAGGUGCCUCCUAAAAAAACAGCAGCAGAGCUUCAGGAGGAAGAAGAACUGAAUCUUGCUAUUGCCUUAAGUCAAAGUGAAGCGGAACUCAAGGAGAAAGAAAAGAAACGAACGACUAAUACAAUAAAAACGAAUGCAAAUACUAUAAAUAGGACAACGUAUUCUCCACCACCGUCACCCGGCCCAAGUCCAUCGAAAUUGCAAGAGGAAGAAGACAUCGAUCCCGAGCUCGCUAAAUAUUUAAAUCGAAAAUAUUGGGAACAAAGACAAACAGCGAUAGAAGAGCACGUCUCUCGGGUGGAUGUUACGAGUCCGUCUGCUCCAAAUAUCGGUAGUCCAAUGCCACAGAAAAUUGUGAUCGCGAAGCAACAAAACGGAGAAGUUGAUAGCCAAAUGGAGGAAUUCGUCAGUGCUUUGCGAUCACAAGUAGAAAUAUUUGUCAAUAGGAUGAAGAGUAAUUCAUCUCGAGGCAGAUCGAUUGCUAACGAUAGUUCUGUUCAAACUUUGUUUUUAAAUAUCACUGCUAUGCAUUCAAGAUUAUUGAGAUAUAUCCAAGAACAAGACGAUAGCAGAGUAUAUUAUGAAGGACUUCAGGAUAAACUGACGCAAAUGAAGGACGCUAGGGCUGCAUUGGAUGCUUUGCGGGAUGAACAUAAAGAAAAAUUGAGAAGACAAGCGGAAGAAGCUGAAAGACAGCGACAAAUGCUGAUGGCUCAAAAGUUAGCCAUUAUGAGGAAGAAGAAACAAGAAUAUCUGCAGUAUCAGCGGCAAUUGGCUCUGCAGAAAAUUCAAGAGCAGGAGAGAGAAAUGCAAAUGAGACAAGAACAGCAAAAGCAGCAGUACAUAAUGGGUGGUUAUCAAGCUGUUCCGGGUUACAUGGGGCCGUCUCAAGGUUCACCCGUUCGCCAUGUUCAGUAUCAAGGUCCCGGAACCAAUUACAAUCCCAUGUCGCCAACCAAUCAAGGAUAUAUAUACGGACAACCUACUGUGAAACAAUACCCAAUGCAAGGUUACAAUAUGCCUCCAAUGAACACAAUGCCAGCACACAUGAUGGGACCAAUAGCUAAUCAAGAACAGCAACCGAAUGAUCCUUCUGUACAGGGGCAUGAAGCCUUGGGUCGAGUUACUGUUUCCGGUCCUGGCAUGAUGCCUCAAAUGACAAAUCCCAUACCGCAACUACAACAGGCAGGUGGACAUCCAAUGGGACCACCUCCUACUCAGCCAGGACCACCAGGACCGCCAGGGCAUAUGCAACAAUCUGCACCAGGGCAUAUGCCACCGCAACAGGGUCCUCCACCGAUCGCGCAAUCAGGACCACCACCAAGUCAAAUGGUUAUACCUCAGGGACCUCCUCAAAGCCACAUGGCUCCUCCUCCCACACAAAUGGGACCUGGAACGCAUGGUCCACCGGGUCAAGUGGUUGGUCUUCCGCCUCAAGUGGGCCCCCAGCAACCAGGAUCUCAAGGAUCUUCCAUGCCUUCUCACGUUGCCAACCCUUCUAUCUCGGCUCAAGAAACAGGUCCUAUUCAAAUGCCGCCGGGAACUGUACCUGGACCAAUCCUAACAUCGAAUCAGGCGAUGCAAGGUCCGCAAGGACCUAAUUUACCUGUCAUGCCUCAAGGCAUGCCACCAAAUCCGGUUUCUCAAGGGCAACAAUUGCCAUAUCAACCACCAAAACCGAUGCCACCUACAUCAAAUGAAACCGCGCAAGUGAAAGAAGACCCGAAGCCUGAAACAGCGGAGUUAAUUUCUUUUGAUUAAAGAGACUUGGGUAGAUAUAUAUCGAUAAUUAGAAAUGCAUUUAAGAUAAACCUCCAAUUUAACAUAAAUUUUUAUUUUAAAUUGGCGUCAACGAUUUUAAUACUUGAAACAAGUGUUUAUUUUCAUUAUGUUAGGAAUGAAAUGCAACUGACCGCUUCAGAUUAGAAAUUUUGUUAAACGACAGAGAUAUUUUCCACAUGAAACACGUGAUUAUAAAUGGAGACAUUCUUUUUUUAUUUUUAAAUGAUAAGUUACUUGUCCGUACUAAUAGUACCAACUUAUCAGCCUACAAACAGUUAACAAAUACCCUUUAUUUGACAUGAUUCAUUAGCAGAAAGAUAAUUGUAUUAAUAAUAUAUAACAUAAACAUUUAUUUAGUAAAUUUUAUGUGCAAUUUUCUGAUAAGCAUUAACAUUUCCUCGAACUACAAUAUUAAUUUAAAAAUAAAUAUUCCUGAAUACAGUAGAGAAUUGUUCGAUUCUCAGAAUUCGAAUACCUGAUAUUGUGAAAGAAAGAUUUUUUGUCUUCAGUAUAUAUUUUGAGUUCUAGAAAUUUCAAGUACAAGACUUGAUUGGAAAGUUGCUAGUGGAAAAUUGUACUAUUUAUACAGCGAAAACGAACUAUCUAAUAACACAUGAUGUGUUGAAUAAAAAUGUAUAUACAAAUACUUAUAUGUUAUCGUUAUGCAAUAGAAAGGAACUGAAGAUAAAUAGUUUCGCCAGUGAUUGACCUUUUACUGAAAUCAUAA